AUGACUUCAAAUUUUACACCUUUGCAGCAUAUAACAAACCUUUUAAAAUUUCGCAUGCCAAGUUGGCCUCCCAGGUCUUCGACUUGGCCUGUUCACAGACGUUCUGCAGUGCUUGUACUGUUAUUCAUUGGAACUCGUGGAGAAUUGAGAGUAUUAUUAACAAAGAGAUCUAGAGGGUUAUCAUCAUUUUCUGGCCAUGUUUCUUUACCGGGAGGUAAAGCCGAUAAUGAAUCUGAAACUUUUGAAGAGAUUGCAAGACGUGAAGCAGAGGAGGAGAUCGGAUUGCCCUUAAAUAACGAAGUGCUUCUCAAAACUUAUGGUUUGAAAUUGGACAAUAUAUCAUCUGAACUGCCUCACUAUUUAUCACACACAUUUCUAAGUGUGAAGCCGUUGGUGUGCUUUCUAUAUAGUGCCCAAUCGACAGAGGAGGAGAAGUUUGUGAAGCCUUUGUCUAUGAGUAAGGCUUUCACCAAGUUAAAUCCGGGGGAAACUUCGUCAGUGUUUUCCAUACCAUUGAGAGAUAUGAUCGUACACAAAUUGUCAGAUCCUAAGCCAAAGCCGGAAUAUUUGAGCUGCAAAGAAUAUCAGUAUACAUGGGGCGGUCUAAAAUGGCCCGUAAGACACCAUUAUUAUGCAAACGAUAAUGAUGGUGAAGUUCCAUGGUUGAGUAAUGUUGGUGAUUUGAGUUCUGAUGAUGACAUAACAGUUGAAGAAACGCCCUGUAAAGAUGUCUGGGGCCUUACUGCCACAAUAUUGUAUGAUGUCGGGAUAAUUGCUGAAGGUAUGGUAACUUGUGAAAACACGCAGGCGUUGUUUGCACACGAGCUACUGAUUUAUGGAUUGUACGAAUUUGGAGGCCAACUAAGGGAAGCUAAACGGUCUGAAUGGGAAGCAGGAAUGAUAAAAAAUAAACUAUCACUCAAGUAUUCUGACGUAUUACCCGAAUUCUUCAUAACCAAAUUGAAGAGCUGCAUAGAUGACUCUCAAACGUACAAACACACUGACUCUUGA